UCCACAACGUCAGCCGGUGUUAUUACAGCAUCGCCUGACAACGUGUUAUGUCACUCCGUGUUAUUUUAUGGUUGUCCAGUCAACAAGUAACACGUGCAUUGUUAUUGCUAAUAGGUGCUGGAUUAUUUUGUCGUUUUCCUUAGCAAGCAGGAUUUUUUACAUUUUGGCACGCAUUUUUGCGACCUGCAGUCUUUAUUCAGCUAAAAUGUAAGCUAGCUACAGUACCACUCUCCCCUUGCCACACCAUAAAUGACACUAGCACCACAUUAGCAACCUAGCCGUGUGGAUAAUCUACCUUUGGGCUAACUAGCCGUACAACUAGUGUGGCUACAUUGUCAUAACAAUGGACGACCCCGGUAUCAAGAAGCAGAAUUGGGACGUGAAGGAGACAGAGUUAUUUCUGGAAAUACUGAAGGACCUGGACAUGAAAAAAUGCUUAGACGGGAGGAAAGUAAGGAAUAAUAAACUGUUUAAGGUGGCACACAGGAGGAUGACAGCGGCUGGUUAUCACAGAACUGUGGACCAAUUAAAGUUUCGCUGGAAACUUCUCAAAAGUGCGUAUUAUAAGUGCAAGAGGGAACCGAACCUCCCGGCAACGACCAAAAUACAAGGUUGGUGGCGGUAUGAAAAGACUAUGAUAGCUAUCAUGGAGUCCAGACACCCCUUGUUAGGAGCUGGUGUCAACUCUGUCAGGAAUGAUGAAGUGCCAGAAGACUCGGAUGGAGAAGCAUCGAUGCUGCACUGGCCGCAGCCCUGCCCGGACAAUACCGCCCAGAACCUGGGUUUAAUUAUCAAAAUGGACCCCGAGAUGGACUCGCAGCUGAAGAUCGGUUUUAUUGGUGCAGGGAACAUGGCAUUCGGCAUCGCGAAGGGCAUCUUGUCUGGAAAUGCUCUUCCUGCAAACAUCAAAGUUAGCGCACCAUCCUCAAGAAACCUGGGACGCUUUCAGGAGCUCGGUGUUUCCGUCACUCAUUCCAAUGAAGAGGUGGUCUCUGGGUCAGAUCUGGUCUUUGUUGCGGUCAAACCUCACCUGGUAGCACCUGUUCUCACUGAGAUCUCAGAACACGUCACGGAGCGACACAUUAUUGUGUCUGUGGCAGCGGGGGUAACACUGGCAACAGUAGAAGAGCUCUUGCCAGAGAAUUCAGUCGCCAUCAGGCUGAUGCCAAAUCUGCCAUGUUUGGUUCAGGAGGGAGCUCUCCUGUUUGCCAGGGGAUCCCAUGCGAAACAGGAAGACGGAGCUCUGCUGCGCUCUUUGCUGCACCGCUGUGGUUUGGUGGAGGAGGGACCGGAGGCCUGGAUCGACAUCCACACUGGACUGAGCGGGAGCGGAGUUGCUUUUGUCUAUCUGUUUGCUGAAGCGCUGGCAGAAGGAGCUGUGAAAAUGGGAAUGCCAAGUGCUCUGGCCCACAGCAUCGCAUCUCAAACUGUUCUGGGUGCUGGGAAAUUGCUACGUGAGUCCGGGAAGCAUCCGGCUCAGCUCCGCUCUGAGGUCUGCACUCCGGGUGGAACAACCAUCUACGGGCUUCACACCCUGGAGAGGGCGGGCGGUCUGAGGGAGGCGACCAUGAGCGCCGGGAAUCUGCCACUGAGAGAGCCAGGGAGCUCGGCCGAAAGUGAGCAGAAAGAUCCAGGAAAUAACGGCUGCUCUUUGCCUUUCGACUACUACUCCAUUGACUAAUUCAAGCCUUCCAACAACUGACUUUUUGGCUCAACUUCACCAUGGAACACAAAGACAAAGGAGGGACUUGUCAUCUUUUCUUGUUCAUUUCUUUCCCUUUCUCAUCAAUUAGUGAGAAUGCAGAUUGCAACCAACUGACAGAUUCUCCUCUCACCCCUCCCUUUCAGAGAAACUACAGUGGCCUUCAGGUAACAUAACAAAUGUGAUGGCCCUUACGAAUGCCUGAGUGUUUUUGUUGUUUCUUGGCUUUGUAAAAUGGUGGUCCUGUGCAUGAAUGAAGACGCCAUCCUAACUUAAAGGUUCCAUGUCAUGGCCAUUUCUACUGAUCAUAAUUCCAUUGUUGAGGUCUACUAGAAUAGAUUUACAUUGUUCAAUGUUCCAACUCACAUUGGUUUCUCAUACAGCCAUCUCUGUAUAGUUGUGUAUUCACUCUCUGUCCUAAACGGCUUGUUGGAGCUCCUGCCCCCCCCCUCCCUAUGAGCCCACUGUGCUCUGAAUGUGUGAUUCUGUGUUCACAACGGCAUUUGUUAGCAACCAGAAAGUGACACCAGUAAUGACAAACAGAUGAGAAUGCUGCGUGGGGUCUGGGUGCCGUGUUUGGCGGGAGUUGCGGGGCUUGCUGCUUCCGCUCGCUGCUCGCCCUUUGAGUCUCGAGGAGCGGACAGUGUGAGCUGGAUUACUGAUGUCGUUUCCUGGUUGCUGCGUGGGGUCUGCGAGACACCGCGAAACUCAGCCUGAACUCAGCUCGAGCACACACACAACUCUUCGCGGUGUCUCGCUGUCUCGGGCUGAGUAAUCCGCGGAUCCGCUGCUGAGAAAAUAGAAGGCUGAGUGAAUGUGUGUGUUCCACGGGUUGGUCCAUUGGACCUGGGCAUGGUUACGUCACCAUACUCUGGACGGAAAAAAAUGGAAAAAGACAAAUCUCCAAUGCGGCGUUCUGGGGCAGCAUAGACAGGUAUUUUUCUGUGUUAGAGCUUUACUCGCUACAGGGUGUACUUUGAGGGUUUGUGACUUGCAGGACCGUUUACAUGCAGAAAAAGCUACAUAACACACAAGGGGAUGGGUAAUAGCCAGAAAAGCAGACAUGGGAACCUUUAAACAAGUGCAGUUUAUACUUCCUUUUUAUGUCUUAGACAGAAGAAGAAUUUGUUUUAAUCAAAAGGAAUGUUGGCUGAAUCUUGAAAUUGACAAGUAAAUUAUUUGAUCAUGA